AUGCGUGAUACACACCCAAAAAAGAUUCUUGUUCCAAGGUUGAAUCUUCUAAGAGCUAUGGUCUGUGCGCUGAUCCAGUCCAACUUGAUGACCUGCAGUGCUUUGAUCAGCGCCUGUGAAAAGGGCAGGCGUUGGCAGCAUGCACUCAUCUUGCUGGAGACCAUGAUCGAAAAGGGCUAUUUGAUGGAUGUACUCACCUUCAAUGCAGCGAUCAGUGCCUGCGAGAAGAGUGGCCAAUGGUGCUGUGCCUUAGGACUCUUGGACCAGAUGUUGGAAUCACAGCUUCAAGCCAAUGACAUCAGCUUCAAUGCCAUCAUCAGUGCCUGUGAGAAGGGGUCACAGUGGCAACGUGCGAUCAGUUUGCUUGACAUGAUUCCACUGGCAUCAGCUCAAGCUGAUGUGAUUUCCUUCACAUCGGCUCUCAGUUCGUGUGAGAAAGAACACCUUUGGCAGCAAGCAUUGAGCCUCAUGGAUGCCAUGCAAUGCCAAAGAAUUCAGCCCAAUGCGGUGACGCUGAGCGUGGCCUGUCAUGCCUUCGAGAGAGGGUGGCAACCACAGAAGGCUGUCAGUUUGUUGGGCGCCCCCUUUUCUCCGAUCAUCGAUCUACGGAUGGUGAGGUUCGCCGUUUAUCGGCCCACCAGCCGGGAUGCCAUAGCGAAGAUGCUGAGUGGUGCAGCCGUGGGCGCCCUCAGAUGGGCCGAUGAAACGAGGGGCCGUGCCGAAGAGAGGGACACUGGGACACGAACUGGAGCGAAGCAAAAGGUUGGAAAGGGUCUGAACGUGAAGGGCAAGUCUGCAAAGUUGAAUCGCUUGUCGGGCUUUGUGCCCUUCCUGCAGAUCAGCCAAGAGAAUGACAAGGCUGAAGUUGCCCCGUCACCCUCAGACGCCUGUGUCACCAUCUACUUUGCUUCGGACGAGCUCCGCAGUCGUGCCGCGUCACAGCUACAAAGCCUGCUGGAUUCCGCUGAUUUGCAUGUGCAGGAGGAUCACCUCAUAGCCUUGGACGACUAUCCCAACACUCCCGGCCUUAUUUUGCCGGAGCCACUUUUGCACUAUGCCUUCAUUGACAAGCCGGACAUUCAGCCGGCUGUUGGCUGGGAGACCGGGAGGAUCUCCUCACCCGCCUUCAUGGAUAUGAAUCUGCAAGCACUGCGUGGGGAUUCAAAGCCAAAGGUGGUCCUUUACCAGUUCGACCAGGACAAUGCGAUGAAUCCCCAUGGACUGCUCAUUGCCUACGCAGAAGCGACUGUCAAGCCAGUUGUUUCGGACUUUGACACCUUCACAGUUGGAAGCCGCGGCAUGACGUACAAAAGACUGCACCCGGAACAGGCCGAUUUGGCCAUGUGGGCUUUGAAGCACACCGAGCAGCUCUUGCGGAAGCCAUCCUUGUCCUCCUGGACUUCGCGAUGGUUGGAGGUCUUGAAGGAAGCGCACGACGAAGGAUUCCAUCCCGACAUUCCGGAGUACGGCUUUGGAGAUGAGACCUCCUACAAACUCAUAGAGGGCAUUGUGGAGGCGACGAGUGAAUCCGGCGCAGUACGCCAUGGCGCUGAGUGCUUCAAUUUCUACUUCCCUCAGGAGUUGGAUGACAACUACCUGGUGGUUUGGGAAGGCUUUGAUGACAAGCCCUGGGCAUACAUGGACGAGGACGCCCUACGGGACUUCCUGGAAGAACGUGUGGAGGAAGAUUAUGCCAUGCCGUUGAACCCCGUGUGGUGUGUCCGCGAUCAGGGAUGGUAUGAUGUCUUGGAAGCGCAGAUCUCGAAUGAUGCUUGCAAGAAGAUCAUGGAGGCCUGGUAUCCUGAAGGGUCGGGCAUUCUGGAGAAGAUUGAGGAACUCCACAAAGAGUUUCCCAAUGGCUUUCAGACCGGUUUGCCGCCCGGAGAGGAGGGUCGGAGACCCACGCUUCGCUCCACCCUUUCAACGGUCAACGAUCUGGACACCACUGAAAAGGCCAUCCUGGCAUCUUCCAUGGCCAAGUCGGGAAGGAGUAGGUGGGGUGAAGCAAUUCGCAAGGUGCAUUUGAUGCAGUCGAUGUCGAGACACAGCCUCAUGCCCCGCAGCGUGUCCCCCGCCUGA